AUGACAACCUCGGUCGCAUCAAAACGCCUAUUUCAAGAAUACAAGCAUCUCACCCAAGACCCGCCAGAUGGCAUCACCGCCGGCCCCGUUGAAGAAGACGACCUCUUUGUAUGGGAAGCAUUGAUUGAAGGACCCGAAGGCACUCCCUACGAAGGCGGCAUCUUUCCCGCUGAGCUCAAGUUUCCCAAAGAUUAUCCUCUUAUGCCGCCAACCAUGAAGUUCCUUACCGAUAUCUGGCAUCCUAAUGUCUAUCCCAACGGCGUUGUCUGUAUCUCUAUCCUUCAUCCUCCUGGCGACGACCCCAACCACUACGAACACGCCUCCGAACGCUGGAGCCCUAUCCAGAGCGUUGAAAAGAUCCUUAUCAGUGUUAUGAGUAUGUUGGCCGAGCCCAAUGACGAAUCGCCUGCCAACGUCGAUGCUGCAAGAAUGUGGAGGGAAAGAAGAGCCGAGUUUGAGAAGAAGGUCAAGCAAGACGUCAGAAGAUCGUUGGGACUUUGA